AUGCUAUCAGGCAGGUGGUGGCCAAGUACCUGGGGGAGCCUAGGGCUGAGGCCCCAAAGCCCUUCUCAGGGAUCCCAGCUCUGUGCCCUCUAUGCCUUUACCUACACCGGGGCAGAUGGCCGGCAGGUAUGUCUGGCUGAAGGGGACAGAUUCCUACUGCUUCGAAAGACCAACUCAGACUGGUGGUUGGCAAGGCGCCUUGGUGCACCUUCCACCUCCCAACCCAUCUUUGUCCCAGCUGCCUACAUGAUUGAGGAAUGUAUCCCUUCUCAAAGCCCAACUUCUAUCACCUGCAGCCAAUCCCUCUGGAGUCCUGGGCCAAAGCUGUUUCAGGGCUCUCCAGAGAAGCUGCACCUGUCUCAGGCAUCCCCAAACAGACCCCAGGCUACAUCCAAGCAGCCUCCCCCUCUGCCCCCCAAAAUGUGUAGAAGUGUCAGUGUUGCCAAUUUGGGGCCCAGCCUCCUGAAGCCCCUUCAGGAAGGAACAAGUGGAAGAUCCGUCUCCCAGGAAGACUUGCUGACAGAGGCCAAUGCCAACAUGGCAGGACCCCAGCCCCUCAUGUCAGAGUCCCCUGUGUACUGUAACCUGGUGGACCUUCGCCGCUGUCCCCGGUCCCCACCCCCAGGCCCUGCAUGCCCCCCACUGCAGAGGCUGGACGCCUGGGAGCAGCACCUGGACCUCAGCUCCGGACGCUGCUUCUACGUACAUUCGCUGACGGGCUGCAAGUCCUGGAAGCCCCCGCGCCGCAGUCGCACCCUAGAGACGAACUCUGGCUCCAUGGAGGGGACACAGACCUUGAGUAGGGACAACGGUGUCCUGCAGCCUCAAACAAAGGGCUCAGGAUCUGACACAGGGACCCCAGAACUGCUCAAUCCACAGGGCUCCCCCUGGCUCAGCCAGCACACUUCCCACCUUGCCGCCUCAGACCAGCCUCCAGACUCGCAGCCCCCUCGACCUCUGCCGCAGCUCCUGGACGACCCCCAUGAGGUGGAAAAGUCGGGCCUGCUCAACAUGACCAAGAUUGCCCAGGGGGGGCGCAAGAUCAGGAAGAACUGGGGCCCAUCUUGGGUGGUGUUAGCAGGUAACAGCCUGGUGUUCUACCGAGAGCCACCGCAGGCUGUGCCCUCCUCCGGCUGGGGGCCACUGGGUAGCCGGCCGGAAAGUAGCGUGGACCUGCGCGGGGCGGCCCUGGCGCACGGCCGCCACCUGUCCAGCCGCCGCAACGUCCUGCACAUCCGCACGGUCCCUGGCCACGAGUUCCUGCUGCAAUCGGACCACGAGACCGAGCUGCGAGCCUGGCACCGAGCUCUGCGGGCGGUCAUCGAGCGGCUGGUUAGACGGGUGGGAGACGCGGGUAGGAACCACAGGAGACAGGGAGCGGUGGGGGGCAGGGUGGAGCGGGAGAACCCCCUGGAGCUGCGUCUGUCGGGCUCAGGACCAGCGGAGCUGAGGGAGCUAAGCGCCGGGGAGGACGAAGAAGAGGAGUUGGAGCCGGUGCCCAAGCCGCUGCUGCGCCUUAGCGGCCGCCGGAGCUCCAGUCGGUGUCCGGAAGGCACUGAGCAGAACCGCGUGCGGAACAAACUAAAGUGGCUGAUCGCCAAGAGACCGCCCUUGCAAAGCCUGCAGGAGCGGGGUCUGCUCCGAGAUCAGGUGUUCGGCUGCCAGUUGGAAUCACUGUGCCAGCGGGAAGAUGACACAGUGCCCAGCUUUGUGAGGCUCUGCAUUGCUGCUGUGGAUAAAAGAGGUCUAGAUGUGGAUGGUAUUUACCGAGUGAGCGGGAACUUGGCAGUGGUCCAGAAACUUCGCUUUCUGGUAGACAGAGAGCGGGCAGUGACCUCCGAUGGGAGGUAUGUGUUCCCAGAACAGCCAGGACAAGAAGGCCGAUUAGAUUUGGACAGUGCUGAGUGGGAUGACAUUCAUGUGGUCACUGGAGCCCUGAAGCUUUUUCUCCGGGAGCUGCCCCAGCCUCUGGUGCCCCCACUGCUGCUGCCCCAUUUUCGUGCUGCCCUUGCACUCUCUGAAUCAGAGCAGCGCCUCUCUCAAAUACAGGAAUUAAUAGGCUCAAUGCCAAAGCCCAACCAUGACACUCUACGGUACCUCCUGGAACAUUUAUGCAGGGUGAUAGCACACUCAGAUAAGAACCGCAUGACCCCCCACAACCUGGGAAUUGUUUUUGGACCAACCCUGUUUCGGCCAGAACAGGAGACAUCUGACCCAGCAGCUCAUUCCCUCUACCCUGGGCAGCUAGUCCAGUUGAUGCUCACCAACUUCACCAGCCUCUUCCACUGACGUGGGC